UCAGUUAGUUUACAAAGAACCUUCGUCGCGUACGGUUGUGCAAGCGUUCCCUUUUCCGACAAAGAGAAAGAGCUUGAGCUGGUGUUCCCUGCGUCGGCGUGUGUCUUCUAGGGUGAAAGUACGGCGUUCGCGCGAGUGUGUGCGUGUGUGUGUUCAAUCUGAUACCUUUGUCUAUGCUGCGUUGAAGUAGCCCACAGGACGAGCCCCCAGAAAGGAUCUGUGUCCGCUAAUCCUCAAUAGUGAUUGUGAUUGUCCACGCGGUUCGUCGAUUGGCCGUCUAUUGUGUGCGAAAACCGCUGCUUCUUUCCGACGGCCAAGUGCACAAGUGUGUUGUUUGUCUGGGCUUCUAGUGUGUGAAAGGGAAUACAGAGUGUGAGCAGAGUUGUCCAGACGAGACAGAUUCGUCGUCAUCGUCGUCGGAAACGAACAGGAUUUUUCCCUCCUCGCCCUCUUCGUUGGAUUACUCUACACAGUUUUUGGGAACGGGAGUCGCGACUGCAUCAGCAUCUCUCUCCCUCGACGUAUAAUCACUUGUUGUUGUCUGGCUUCACGGCUAAAGUGUGUAAAUCACCCCACAUACACAAACAGACGCACGCACACGUGCGUGUUUUGGGAUUCGGACGGAUUGAGACGUUCGCUGCGGAAUAAAGCGAACUCAACACCUUAAUUCUUGUAUCGAGGACCCGUCGAGAAAAACCGCCAAAAUGCCUUCGGUGGGCGUAGCCUGUGUCAGAUAUCUGGUGUUUUUCUUCAAUUUCCUAUUUGCGGUCACCGGAUUGGUUGUCAUCGUGACCGGUGCCAUCAUCCAGUCAUCGUACCAUCACUACUCCAAUUUCCUCGGUGAAAGCUUCUGGACAGCGCCGAUAGUGCUAAUCGUGAUUGGAUCCGUCAUCUUUGUGGUCGCCUGCUUCGGAUGCUGUGGCGCGGCCAAGGAGAGUCCCUGCAUGAUCAUCACGUUCUCCGUCUUUCUCGGGCUGGUCUUCCUGGCGGAGAUCGGAAUCGGCGUCGCCGGCUACUACAAGCACGAGGAGCUGAGCGGCGUGCUGGAGAAGGGCUUCAACGAAACGCUGGACAACUACUCCAACAGUCUGCCGGCGCAGGAGGCCUGGAACCUGGUCCAGUCGGAGAUGAAGUGCUGCGGCGUGAACGGGCCCAAGGACUGGGAGCCGAUCUUCAAGAACGACACCGUGCCCAAGUCGUGCUGCCACGAGCUGCCGAUCGGGACGAACAAGUGCACCCGGAAGCACGCCGACCCGGAGGGUUGCUUCCCGAAGCUGUCUGCGUUUUUGGGCUCCAAGUCGCUGAUUCUGGCCGGGAUUGGAGUUGGAUUGGCGGCCGUUCAGCUUGUGGCCGUCCUGUUGGCUUGCUGCCUGUACGGAUCCUUCCGACGACAGUACGAGACCGUCUAAAUUGAGUGCGACGACGACGGCGCGAAGAUUCAUCAGGAAGCGUGAGAGAACAUCUUUGGCUAAGAAUUAUAGAGGAAGCCAUAUCGAUUUACUGCAGCGAGUAAAGUUUAGAAUUUCUUUGUAGAACCAGCUUAAUGAAAGUCUUGAAAAAAGGUACAAUAGAAACCGGAAAGGGAUAAGCAUCGUCUUAGGAGUGGAUAUUUGUUUGGCCUCCGUGCACAGAAAGUGAAAAUCUCAUCAAGAUUGCUAUUUAACGUGACUGGAAUCGAAUUUAUCGACAAAA